GUCUCUGGAGCUUCUCCAGGGGGAGGAGCCUCAUCAUGUGCCCCCGCCCCCUCGCCUCCUCUCCGGCUCCUGAUUGGCCCCGCCCUCCCGGUCCGGACCCCCCGGAUAUAAAAACUUUUGGGUGUUCGGGGCUCCGGGUGUCAGAAUGGAAACGCAGCUCGGUGCGCUCAGUCCUCCUCCUCUUCAUCCUCCUCAUCCUCUGACCGGACCGGUGCUCCUCUCCGGUUCUCGGUUCCGCUGCUCGGCCUGAACAUGAGGACGUGUCUGGACUACGGGACGAACCGGGCCGGUGAAGCUGUGAAGAGGCUCCAGACCCCCUGAGAACCGGAAUACAGACCGGACCCUGACCCCGCUGCUGUUUCUAAACUUCUCGGACCGGAACCGGCGGACGGAGAUGUAGAUCCGCCGCCGGACUGUGCGUCAGAGCGGAGCCGUUACGCACGGAGCGGUUCUGGCUCCGGAUCCCGUUUCUCUCCUGUGCUUUUUCUUAUAAAACUGAACUCGGUUCUUCCCGGUGACUCACGAUGAGCCGCCGCCUCCUCGCGCUGCUCCUGGCCGCCUGCCUCCUCCUGUCCGCGCGCUGCUCCGCCGCUCCCGGAGCCGACGCGUCCCGGGACACCUGCGCGUCCUGCGGCGGGGCGCAGAGGGACCCGGAGGACCCGGAGUCCCGGCUGAGCGGAGACUUCCUGGAGGCGGUGAAGAGGCACAUCCUGAGCCGGCUGCAGAUGCGGCAGAGACCGAACAUCACGCAGCCGCUGCCCAGAGCCGCCAUGGUGACCGCGCUGAGGAAGCUGCACGCCGGGAGGCUGCUGGAGGACGGACGGCUGGAGAUCCCGGAGCUGGACGGACACCCGACCGGAAGCCAGGUCCUGGAGGAGAACUCCGAGAUCAUCAGCUUCGCAGAGAAAGACGACUUGGUGACGUCUAAAUCCAGCCUGUUCUUCCUGAUCUCCAGCGAGGGGAACCAGAACCUGGAGGUGGUCCAGGCCACCCUCUGGCUCUACUUCAGGCUGCUGCCCUCGGAGCUCCGCGGCCGGCGGAAGGUGACGGUGAAGGUGUACUACCAGGAGCCGGGUCUGGGCAGCCGCUGGAACCUGGUGGAGCGUCGGGUGGAGCUGAAGCGUAGCGGCUGGCACACCUUCGGCCUGACCGACGCCGUCCGGCUGGUGUUCCAGAAGGGCGACCGGCGCCAGAACCUGGACGUCCGCUGCGAGGGCUGCGAGGCGGAGGGCGUCCUGCCGGUCCUGCUGGGCCUCGGAGACGAGUCCCACCGGCCCUUCCUGGUGGUGCAGGCGAGGCAGGCCGACGCCAAACACCGCAUCCGGAAGCGAGGGCUGGAGUGCGACGGCAGCAGCAGCCUGUGCUGCCGCCAGCAGUUCUACAUAGACUUCCGCCUCAUCGGCUGGAACGACUGGAUCAUCGCCCCGUCGGGGUACUUCGGGAACUACUGCGAGGGCAGCUGCCCCGCCUACAUGGCGGGCGUCCCCGGCUCGGCCUCGUCCUUCCACACGGCGGUGGUGAACCAGUACCGCAUGCGGGGGAUGAGCCCCGGAUCCAUGAACUCCUGCUGCAUCCCCACCAAGCUCAGCACCAUGUCCAUGCUCUACUUCGACGACGAGUACAACAUCGUGAAGCGCGACGUUCCCAACAUGAUCGUGGACGAGUGCGGCUGCGCCUGAAUUUUAUUUAAAGAACCCCACGGAUUCCCGACAUUAUAGAAUAUUUAUGGAAGACGCAUCUACUCCCCUCAUGUACGCCUGCACUCAGACCUGUACAUAUAUUUAUGUCUCUUCAUAUAGUUCCUUCUAUCUCCUGCGAACAGAGCUUCUACUCUGGAGAACAAACCCAAAGUUCUUCACAAAGAUCUUGAGGUUUACUAAAAUGUUUUCUGGAUCUAAACUCUUCAAACCCGACCUGAAAAGCGGAGGUCUGGGUGGGUCCAGACGCCUCUGGAGAGGACAGUGGGUAAAAACGCUUUGAAACGAACCGCCAACGUACAGCACUUGUGGCUUCUGGCUCCGUCUAACAGGACCUUUGGUUCCACGAUAGAACCGGCAAACAUUCAGACGCAGAAACAGAUUCUCAGUUUCUUUCCAUCAUCUUCACUGCAGCGGCUCAAACUUUUUGCUAAAUCUAGUUUCUUUUCUAAAUUUCCAAAUCUGGAACCUAAAGGGUCCUGAUCCGGCAUCAACUCAGAUAAUAUCCUCAGAUUCUUGAUUCUAAGACAGAAAUCUAAACUUAGAGAUUCUUUAUGUUGAAAAAAAUGAAUUUUCAUUGGAAUUAAUGUGCUUCAUAAAAUAAUAAAUUGUAUAAACGAGGAGGCAAAUUGUUCACGAGAAAAAAGCCUAAAGUUUGAAAACAAUCUCCUAAAAAUUAGAAAUAAACUUCAAUUAAAGCUUCAAACAUGUAGAAUGGGAAUAAAGUCUUUCUUGUUUUUUAAACCAAAAAUGGAAAAUCAGGUGUCAAAGUAAAAAAAAACAUCCUUUUAUUGUGUAAUUUCCAAACAGAAAAUAAUGUUUUCCCAUUAAAUACCAAAAAAUGAGUGGUUUUCUGUAAUCACAAAUGUAAUUUUCCAUUCAGAUUUUUCAUUUAGAGUCAAUGACAAAAUGAACUUAAAUUUUUCAUUUCUCCAUUUUUAACAACCAGUGAAAACUUAUUUUUCCAUGUUAAACCAGCAAAAACAACUAAAGAGGGGAAAAAAAUCAACAGAAAAUGACCCAAUUAUAAUUUUUCAGUUUUAAACCAAAAAGAAGAAGAAAAAAAGGGAGAAAACUGUCAAGAUUUAGUUUUUGGUUUAAAAUUAAACACGUGAUUUCUGUUUUCAAACAAAAACUGAGUUAAAAAAAAAAACUAAAAUUAACAUUUUUUUUAAAUUGGCUUCUUAUUUUUAGAUUCUGACUUUUUAUUUUUAUUUGUUACUUUUUGGUUUUAAACAAACUUCAUAAUUUUACGUAUUUUCUGUUUUUAAUCACAUAAAUUUUAUUUGGGUUGACUUUUGGGGAGAUCUUCCAGUCUUUGUAUGCAAACAAAGAAUCGGCACAUGAAGAUGGUGGAAAGAACCGGGAACAGAAUCCUAAACAUCUGUUUGUCAUGUCUGGACAUUUGCUUUGCUUCAGCUUCUCCUCAAAGGGGAAGAUUUGGUUCUGAAAACAUAUUUAAUGCGUCUCUAACUUAAGAGUGAAACUUUGACAGUAGCACUUGCAGAUUGAAAAUGCCUUUAAUGAGCCCAGAGUGGCACCACUGCCCACAGUCCUGACAAACUAAUAAGUGCCGCAUGAGCUAUGCAAUGUAUAGAAUUCACCCGUUUAUCAGACAGAACUGAGGCUCUAGUGACAAACGAUCAUUUAUACUUGAACAAUGGAAGCACGGCGAGUGACGACGGGUCGAGCUUCAGGCAGGAGGAUCCGAAAAAACAUCAGUAUGUGUCUUUAAAAGCCAAAAAAUAGAAUUAAAAUGUAAAAACAACUGCAGGACGUUUGACAGCAUCUAAAAAUCCUCCCUCGGUUUGGUCGCUACUGACUUUCCCAUCAUUUAAAACGUAUUUAACCUUAAAAACUGACUGUUUAACAGGUCUAGAUUCAUUAUUUAAAGCUACUUACGAAUAAAUAAGAAUAAAGUUUAUAUUUAAACCAGUUUUUCCAUCAAAUAAACCAACUGAUCUUCUCAUAUGUUAUGAUUUUUUUGUACAAAAACAUGUUUUCUGGAUAAUUUUGACAGCAUGACUAAAUUGUUGUUUUAAGAGAUGAGAAGUCAGGAAAGUUGUAAAAAAUUUCGAGUAUUCUUAAUUUAAAGAAAUAAAAGUGUCAGUUGUAAUGUCAUGACGUUUGACAAAUCUGUGACAGCAUCUAAAAAUCCUCCCUCAGUUUGGUCGCUAUUGACUUUCCCAUCAUUUAAAACGUAUUUAACCUUAAAAACGGGCUCUCUAACAGUUAUAGAGUGUUUCUUUAGAGCUAUUUAUGUGUCAGUUAGAGCAAAACUGAUAUUGAAAGCGUUUUUCCAACCAACUCAUAUUUUCAUUUCUUAUGAUUUUUCUUUGUAAAAACACGUAUUCUUGGCCAUUUUCCUUUGCAUAAAUGCCAUAAAUCUUAGUUUAAGGACUGAAAAGCAAAGAGAAUCAAAAGUUUCAGUUUCAAUGUCACAGAAGACGACCAAGUUAUUACGUCGGCCCCCGGAGACGCUUUUUUUUCCCUCAGAUUUUCUCCUCUUUUAUCCUAGAAAAAGUUUUCCUGCGGUGGCUGAAAUGUGAAAAGAGGCUAACUGGGGCUAACUUUGACCCAAAUGCGACGCCUGAAUAGUGAUUUUUAAAUGAAUCCGUCCCAGCGGAGUUCCCGCCGCGGCCCGCUAACACACUUUGAGACACACUUUCGGGCCUCGGUAUUUUCAGAAUAAGAGCUUCCCGUCGCUCCGAGGGUUCCGCCUGCCCGUCGCUCGACCCCGACCUCGCCCAGACCUGGUCAGAAUAUUUGCACUGAGGACUAGAAAUGGGAAAAUGAACAGAAACUGCCAUCGAAAUGAGAUAAAAAGUUAUUUUUGUAGAAUUAAAUUGAGCUCAGACGUGUGAACGAUGGAACCAAAGAGGCCACGAGGUUUAAGAGGCCUAAACACUGUAUCAGGGUCCACAAUCAGCUUCAUCUCUUUUCUAUUUUAUACCUAGACGUGGAAGAUUUCAUAUUUUUUCAUCAGAUGACUUAAAUAUUCCUAGAGUUCCUCCUUGUUUUAUUUGUUAGCUUUAUGUAGCGACGCCAUGCGACCCCCUGUACAGUCCAUGUAACAAACCAAUCUAUGCUUUUUCAACUGUUUUGUUCUUUGUAAUUGAUGGAAAAUAAAUUUCUUAUUACGGAUUUUA